UGGACGUCAGUGUCCUUAUAUGGAAUUAAACAUGGUCGAGAGUGGUGCGUCAUCUGUAAACCAAAUCACAACUACAUUAUAGGGCAAUUGAAGCGUGCUGUUUUUUUGUGCGAAGGCAAUAGCACAGACCGUGUUUCUGAAUUUAUGAAUGGGCAUGCUACGUGAAACUUAAUUGUGGUGUUUGUUGUAUUAACGCAUUUCUAAAAGAGAAACAGUAUGCUAACCUGGUGCCUCCCCUAUGGAAAGAUGGUACAGCCUCUGUUCAUUCAUAAAAGUCUAGCGGAGUAGGCAUAUAAAAGGAGGGGCUUGCACACGAGUCUAUCAGUUACCAGCACAGAAUAUUCUGUUGGGGAUACCCUGACGACGUACUAUCAGAAGACGCAGGAAGACUCCAGCUCUUCGGCUUCGCCGUCAGAGAGCAGUGCACAGGAUCUCUGCCCAGACAUGGAUAUACCAGUCACUCCAUUUGUUCCAACAGUGACUGCAAUUUCGACUACCCCGGAUUUGCAGUGGAUGGUCCAGCCAACUAUUAUAACGUCUGUCUCCCCAUCUCUUGGUAGCAAGCAAACCAAUGAAGCGCAAAGCUCUCACAAGGCAACACCCAAAGCAGGCGGGAACAGUGGAAAAAACACUGUCAGGAAGGGGAAAACCGAGCAGCUCUCUCCGGAGGAAGAAGAGAAGAAGAGGGUGAGGAGAGAGAGAAAUAAAAUGGCUGCAGCCAAAUGUCGCAACAGACGGAGAGAACUUACUGAUACACUGCAAGCUGAGACUGAUCAGCUGGAGGAGGAAAAAGCAGCUUUGCAGACAGAGAUAGCUGACCUCCUCAAAGAGAAAGAGAGGCUGGAAUUUAUCCUUGCUACUCAUAAACCUGUGUGCCAAAUUGCAGAAGAAUUUGACAUUUUCCAAGAGCCCAAUGGGUCUCACAACAUCCCUCCCAGCCCAGAGGGGGAUAAGCUCACUGAGGACAGUGCCCAGGAAGCCCCUUCGCUCCAGGACAUGGGCAUCCCAAGUGACCCAUCCAUAGCAAUCUCUGGAAACUCAGACAUCUUACUCUGUGCUAAUGCUGAAGAGAACAUCUGUGAUCUAGAGCCCUCUUUGGACAUGAAGGAGGGGCUCCUGGACAAUCUGCUGCCCAGCAUGGAGGAGAAAAUCUCCAUUGAGACUGCUCGCUCUGUCCCAGAUAUUGACCUGAGCGGCUCUCUUGGGGUUACGGACUGGGAAACCCUGUACAAAUCAGUGUCUAAUGACCUAGAGCCCCUGAGCACUCCUGUUGUGACCUCCACCCCCACGUGUAGCAGCUACCUGUCUGUCUUCACGUUCUCCUGUCCCGAACUUGACUCUCUUGGAGAGGGGUUUGACGGUCGCAAAAGUGGAGUGGGAAAGGCGGAAUCUGUUGAUAUCCUCAACUCUCCAACCUUGUUGGCCUUAUGAUGGAAGCAAAGUUGAUUGGGUUAUCACUGAAAUUGAUAUUCCUGACUGUGAUAGGAUAUCAGAGUCCUGCUGUGGGGUCACCACUUCACUUUGAGGAUUUCAUCUAGGAAAUGUGUUGUUUAACUAAGCAAGUAUAAACUUCUUCCAGAAACCAUUGAUGUAGCUGAGAGCAUGGCUAUACCUUUUGCUGAUGGGGAUGAAGUUUUUGUUCUGGUUUUAAACGCAUGCAGAGGUAUUCCAAAUAUUCAUAUUUCAUGCUGUAUAUCCUUGAUCUGGUACUGGAUAUAAUGCUGUAUUGUAGAAUUGACUAUGUUUUGUGCUUUAAUGGGAAUAGUAUAUCAAUAGCUAUGAAUGUUGUAUUCAAUUUAUGUUUACUCCAUGUUCAGUACCUGCAUACAUACAUACCUCAAUGUCAUCCACUGUGAUUUGACCUCAUUGUUACAAUGUUAAGGGUUUUCCAUGAAAACAUCCAAUGUUAAAUCUAUCAAGAUGUAAUUUAUGAUAAUUUAUUUUUUUACCUCAGAUUUUGACUUGUUUGUGAAAUAAAAAAACAAACAGUGAAUGGGCAUGGAAUGCUCAU